CUUUUUUUCCUGCAUACAACUCACCACCACUCUUUUUUGUCGAGUGUGCCUCGACCACCCGCUAUACACAAUGGCGAUUCAAAAGAAGCACGGUAAAGGUCGUUUGGAUAAGUGGUAUCGCCUGGCGAAGGAGAAGGGAUACCGAGCCAGAGCUGCGUUCAAGCUGAUCCAGCUGAACAAGAAGUAUGGCUUUUUGGAGAAGAGCAGAGUCGUUCUGGAUCUUUGCGCCGCCCCCGGUUCUUGGUGUCAGGUCGCCGCAGAAUGCAUGCCCGCCCAGAGUAUCAUCGUCGGUGUCGAUCUCGCCCCCAUUAAGCCGAUCCCUCGAGUCAUUUCCUUCCAGAGCGACAUCACCACCGAGAAGUGUCGCACGACCAUUAGACAACACUUGAAGCACUGGAAGGCGGAUACCGUUCUCCACGACGGUGCUCCCAAUGUCGGUACCGCGUGGGUGCAGGAUGCCUUCUCUCAGGCGGAGCUGGUGCUGCAGUCUCUGAAAUUGGCUACGGAGUUCUUGACGGAAGGCGGUACUUUUGUCACGAAGGUCUUCAGAUCCAAGGACUACAACCCGCUGCUGUGGGUGUUCAAGCAACUGUUCUCGUCGGUGGAAGCUACGAAACCCCCCUCCUCUCGAAAUGUUUCCGCGGAAAUCUUCGUUGUUUGCCGAGGAUUCAAGGCCCCGAAGCGCAUGGACCCGAAGUUCCUCGACCCCAAGCAUGUGUUCGCCGAGCUGGCAGACCCGACGCCUAACAACGAAGCCAAGGUGUUCAACCCGGAGAAGAAGAAGCGUCGGAGAGAAGGUUACGAGGAGGGCGAUUACACACAGUUCAAGGAGAUCCCGGUUACCGAGUUCAUCAACACGACGGAUCCCAUUGCCAUCCUUGGUUCAUACAACAAGCUCAGCUUUGCACAAUUACCUGGUGGCGACCUUGCCAUGGCCACCUUGGACCGCUUGGAGGAUACGACGGACGAGAUCCGAACCUGCUGUGAGGAUUUGAAGAUUCUGGGUAAGAAGGACUUCCGGAAUCUGCUCAGAUGGCGAUUGAAGGUUCGGGAGCAGUUCGGUCUCGUUGUGAAAAAGGGCGGCCAAGCAAAGGCCGAUGAGGCCGAAGAGGUCGCCGAGGUCGCUCCCAUGGAUGAAGAAUUGGCUAUCCAGGAGCAACUGCUUCGACUCCGUGAAAAGGAGACCACGAAGCAGAAGAAGGAGCGCCGCAAGGAAAAUGAGAAGAAGCGCAAGGAAAUUGUUCGACUGCAGAUGCACAUGACAACCCCCAUGGAUAUCGGAAAGGAGCAACUGGGACCCAAUGGCCAAGAUGCCACGUUCUCCCUCAAGCGUGUUGACAGGGAGGGGGCCAGAGACGCCAUUGCAUCCGGUCGGGAAGCCACGAUCGAAAGCGACAGCGAGGAGGAGGAAUCCGACUCCGGUUCUGAGGAGAGUGAUGAGGAAGGAGACCAGCUGGAGCGGGAGCUUGAUACCCUGUACGAACAAUACCAGGAUCGCAUGGAGGACCGGGACUCGAAACUGCGAGCAAAGAAGGCCCGGAAGGGCUACGAGGCCGAAGAAUGGGGCGGCUUCUCGGAUGAGGACAAGGAUGGAAGCGACGCGGAAUCCGAGGACGAGAGCCAUGCCACUGGCCUUGGGGACAGUGCCCCCCCUAAGUCCGGGUCUCUUUCCAACAAUGCUGCGCUUUUCUUCGACCAGGAUAUUUUCCAAGGUCUAGAGGGUGUCGAUGAUGAGGAAGAUGAGGACGAGGAGGAGGAUGACGAUGAAAUGGACGUUGACGAGGAGGAGGACGCGGAGGAAGAAGAGGACAGCGCCCUCGAAGUAAAGGAGAAAGAUAAUAAGCGCAAGGCCAAGGCUUCGGAAAAGAAACCCACAAAGGAUUCCAAGAAGAGUUCGCAGAUGGCAGACGACUCCUCGGAUGAGGAGAUCGACGCGCUCGAGGAACCGCGGAAGAAGAAUGGCCAACUUGACAUCGAUAUCAUCACCGCAGAGGCUAUGGCACUUGCUCAGCAGAUGGCCAGUGGUGAGAAGAAAUCGACGGACGUCGUUGACGAUGGAUUCAACCGGUACGCGUUCCGUGACGUCGACGGUCUUCCGGAGUGGUUCCUCGACGACGAAACCCGACACAGUGCCCCGAACCGGCCCAUCACCAAGGCGGCUGCCUCGGCCAUCAUGGAGAAGAUGCGGGCCAUCAAUGCCCGUCCGAUCAAGAAGGUGAUGGAGGCCAAGGGCCGGAAGAAGUUCAAGGCUGCCCAGCGACUCGAGAAGCUGCGCAAGAAGUCUGCGCUGGUGGCGGACGACGAGGCGCUCAGCGAAAAGGACAAGUCGCAGGCCAUUGCGCGGUUGAUGAGCCGGGCCACCAAGAAGAAGCCCAAGCAGCAGGUGAAGCUGGUGGUGGCCAAGGGAACCAACCGGGGUAUCUCGGGCCGUCCCCGCGGUGUGAAGGGCAAGUACAAGAUCGUGGAUUCGCGCAUGAAGAAGGAUAUCCGGGCCCAGAAGCGCCUUGCCAAGAAGAAGAAGAACUAGGAGGAGCUGGUUGGGGGCAUCCGGAGCAAUCUCAUCCAUCACUGUCCAUGUAAAUACCCGGUUACCAUAGAUAAUACCCAUGUUGGAGGGGUAGUUGUUUGCCGAGUGAUGGUGGGUGGUGUAACAUGAUAGAGUCUUAUGUUGUACAGGGUGGCGUCUGGUUAGGAGAAGAAGAAAAAAAAGAUCCGGUUUAUAGGGAGAUCCAGGAUAGCUACAAAUCGUG